UUUGUCACCGUCCGAAACGACGACGUUAGUAUCCAGACAAGGCGGAAAAGAUUUCAUGGAAAAACUACUAAUUUUCCCAUGCUUGGCUGAUCAUCUUGAAAAUUUUCCCGAGUUGUGUUCAUAGAUAACAACAACGAGUGACGACCCCACACGCGUAUUGCAAAUGUUGAGCGUUGCGUGCUCGGCCAUUGAAGCUCCGGCGAGGUUCCGGUUCCUCUACGGCCACUCCAUUCUCACCCGCCAAGUCUUCGCCAAAACGACACCGUUUCCUUCGCUCAUAGUCGCUAACCGAGACGACGCCGUAACAAGACCCCGCUUCUCUCUCUCACACGCUCACGCCCGCUCUUCAUUCUCGGCGGUCCCUUCGAAUCCCAAUCCCAAUCCCUUCUCGUCCCUCUCAUUUUCCAGGUCCAGUGGCCCGCCGAUUCCGACCAAUCAUUUUAGCCAAUUCCUGUCCCGCUCGAACGACGGCGUUUCCGUGUGGAGCCGGGCUUCGGAGAGUUCUAAUGCGAGCAAUGCGGGGUUUCUGGGCGGCAAAGAGCGGGUCGUGGCGGUGGUGUUGUUGGGGUGGCUCGGGGCCAAGACGAAGCACCUGAAAAGGUACGUGGAGUGGUACAACGCGAGGGGGCUCCACGCGGUGACUUUUGUGGUCGACGUGAGAGAGCUGUUGUGGUUCGAUUUGGGGCAAAGAGUCGAGCAGCGGAUCUCGGCGUUGGCCGACGAGCUCGUCUCGUGGGUGUCGGAGGGGGAAGAGGACGGCAGAGAGCGGUGCUUGGUUUUUCACACUUUUAGCAAUACGGGUUGGUUUGUCUAUGGUGCCCUUCUUGAUGCUUUCCAGGGUAGAAAGGACCUGAUGGAGAAGAUCAAAGGAUGCAUCGUUGAUUCGGGAGGAGGGGACCCGUUUAAUAAUCAGGUGUGGGCAGCUGGAUUUUCUGCCGCUCUACUGAAGAAACGUAGCUCUGCGGCAUACCCUGUAGUUAAGGCUGGAGAAUUGAAUGAACCUCCCAUAAUUGAAACUGUGCUUCUAUCAGCUUUGGAGAAGCUUUUUGCUUUUUUAUUGAAGUUGCCAGACGUGGAAUUGAAGUUAACAAAAAUCUUUUCCAACCUCUCAAAAAGCCACCCAUGCUGCCCUCAGCUUUACCUCUAUAGCACAGCAGACAAAGUCAUUCCUUUUCAGUCUGUAGAGUUGUUUAUUGAUGAACAGAGGAGGAUGGGGAGAAAGGUAAGGUCCUUCAACUUCCAAACAUCCCCUCAUGUUGACCAUUACAGGACUUUCCCCAACAUAUAUGUGUCGGAGCUGCAUAAUUUCCUAAAGGAGUGUUUUGCUAUGGUUAAGCAGUUGUGAAUCCUGCAAAUGUUGUUGUUUGUGGUAUUUGAAAGGCAUUGGAGCAAUAUCAUCAGGGGCUCUAUCUGUUCUACAUUAUUAAAUUACCCUUGAAGAUUGUUACUUUUGUAAUAGUGGUUUUUAUUUAAAGAGGAGUAGUUAUUCA